AUGACCGUUGACUACAAGUUCGAAGGCUGGCUCGGCCUUGACGCCAGCGCAGCGGACGGCAAAAUGGUCUGGAAGGAAUUCGAGCCCAAGCCGUGGGAAGAAACCGACAUUGAUAUCAAAAUCACACACUGCGGUAUCUGCGGAUCAGACCUUCACACUCUCCGGAGCGGCUGGGGCCCAACCAACUACCCCUGCUGCGUCGGACACGAAAUCGUCGGUAUCGCCGUCCGCGUUGGAACCCAAGCAGAAGGCAACAUCCAAGUCGGCGACCGCGUCGGUGUCGGCGCACAAGCCGAUUCAUGCCAGGGCCGCGGUUGCGGGUCAUGCAACGAAUGCUCCGCCGGAAAGGAGCAGCACUGCCCUAACGUCUUCGUGGGCACCUACAACGGCGUGCACAUGAACGGAGGCAAAUCGUACGGCGGAUAUGCGCUCUACAACCGCACUCCAUCGCACUUUGUCGUCAAGAUCCCCGACUCGAUCUCCUCCGCCGACGCCGCUGUCAUGCUGUGUGCAGGCGCAACCACAUACACGCCGCUGAAGAACAAUGGCGUCGGUCCCGGCUCACGCGUCGGCGUAGUGGGUGUUGGAGGGCUCGGUCAUUUUGCCAUUCUCUUUGCGCGGGCCCUGGGCGCAGAGAAGGUCGUUGCCAUCUCCCGAAAGGGCGACAAGAAAGCCGAUGCGCUGAGUCACGGCGCAGACGAGUACAUUGCGACAGCAGAGGAUAAAGAGUGGCAGAACAAACAUAAGAGGUCCUUGGAUCUGAUUGUUUCGACGGCUAGUUCUUCAAAGAUGCCAAUGGCAGACUAUCUCAGUCUUCUCCGCGUCGGAGGCAGCCUCGUGCAGCUCGGCAACCCCGAGGACGGGGCUCUGACGCUGCCUAUUCCCGCGUUGAUCAUGAACGGCGUCAAGCUCGGCGGCUCGCUGAUCGGCUCGCCCAGUGAGUUGAGAGAAAUGCUUGCCCUGGCUGCGCAAAAGCAGAUUAAGCCCUGGGUGGAGCAGCGGCCCAUGAAGGACGCCAACCAGGCGAUUCUCGACAUGGAGGCUGGAAAGGCCAAGUAUAGAUAUGUUUUGGUCAAUGAGGAGUAG